CCGAUCUCUCCGUUUUUCCCUUUUUUCUCCCCGUUUUUCGCGCUCUUCCUUUUUGAAAAAUGGGCACGGCGGCACGCGAUUUCGAGCAACAGCGCGAUCGGCAAGCGGAUCGCGCCGCGGCGCAGUGCCGGAUCUGUGCGACCGACAUUGCCACCGACGACGGCAGGAUGCACAUUUUCGCCGAGGACGGCCGGCGUCAUUAUCUGCAGACCAAAAUACGGAAAUACCUGCAUAUCUUGGUGUCGUCGGACGACAAAUUUUCAAAAAUGGUCUGUUCUACAUGUAUCAAGAGACUGGAGGGUGUUCAUCGUUUCGCAAUGAUGGCAUACCGUACCCAAGAGAAGUUGAGAUCACAACUUUAUGGUAACAUUGACAAUACGAAUCUUGUACAAGAAGACGAGAUACAAAAUAUUAAAGACAUGCAAGAUAUUGUAAAAAAGGCGGAAGAUCGAGGGCUAUUACAUUCGAUAUUGACAAAGGGUGCGAUAGAAAUUUUAACCGAGGACGAACCACAGGAAUCAAAUUUCCAAGAGGUCAAACGUUGCACUCCGAAUAUGGAAGAAAUGGAGGUAAAAGUGGAUCCGAUGCUGUUUUUACAAUGUGGCAUGGAACAGUCUACAUCCGAAGCUUCAGAUUCCUCAGAUAACGAGGAAGAAAUAACAAGGACACAUACACCAGAACCAUUACCUUUAACAAACAAAAACACUGAAGUGGAAGACGAAAAAAAGAAAGAUGAAAGUGAAUCUAAAUCGCACGAAGACAGUGAAAAAAUUAUAUCCAAUGUAUCAGAGAAACCGUAUGAAUGUACAGUAUGUACCCGAUCUUUUAUAUCGCAAAUUGGCUUGCAAAAUCACUUAUGGUCGCAUUUACCCAAAGAGAGAAGAUUCGACGGAAAGCCUAUUUUACAAUCUCAACACGUUUAUUCUAUAAAUGGUGUGCUUCACACGAACAGUGAUAACAAUUCGUCCAGCAACUUCAUCUGUCCAAUUUGCAGUAAAAAGAUUUCUACCAAGGGAAAUUUGAAAGUGCAUUUAGAAACUCACAGGCCUAAAGGAAAGUACGGCUGCGACAUAUGUGGAAGAAUUUUCAAAACUCAAUCGAAUCUGUUCAGACACAAGGAGUACCACAGCGGCGUACAAUUUCCAUGUAAUGUGUGCGGGAGAGUGUAUCCAACGAAUUCCACGUUACGUGCCCACAGCAUAACGCAUUCAGACUUGAGACCGCACGCAUGUCCGCUUUGUGAUAAGACAUUUAAGCGAAAUCAGGAUUUAAAAUUCCACAUAAAUCAGCACACAGGUGCGAGGCCUUAUCAGUGUCCUUACUGUCCGAAAGCUUUUGCGAGCUCCGGCAAUUGUUUUUCACAUCGUAAAAGAAUGCAUCCCCGGGAAGUCCAUCGGGAUCGACAGAGAGCGGCGGAUUUAAUGAGAUGA